AUGGACGCCGCGCGAGCUCGCCUCCGACAGGCGGCGCUGGUCGUCGUCGUCGUCGCCCUCCUCGUCCUGGCAGCGGCGCCGCCCGGGGCGGGCGCCGCCGCGGCGCCGGAGGCGGAGUGCGGCGGGGGGGAGGCGGCGGAGGUCAGGGAGGAGGACGCGCGCGGGGCGCUGCGGCUCAAGCUCGUCGCGGUGGCGUCCAUCCUGGCGGCGGGCGCGGCGGGGGCGCUGGUGCCCGUGCUGGGCCGCUCGGCGCCCGCGCUCCGGCCCGACGGCGACGUCUUCUUCGCCGUCAAGGCGUUCGCGGCCGGGGUCAUCCUCGCCACCGGCAUGGUGCACAUCCUGCCCGCCGCGUUCGACGCGCUCGCGCCCCCCUGCGGUGGCGGCGCGCGCGGCAGCAAGGGCGCCGCGUUCCCCUUCGCCGGGCUCGUCGCCAUGUGCUCCGCCAUGGCCACCAUGAUGGUCGACUCCGUCGCGGCCGGGUACUACCAGCGCUCCCACUUCCGCAAGGCGCGCCCCGUUGACGACGCCGCCGACGGGCACCACCAGGGCGGCCGCGGCGCCGCUGCCGGGGAUGAGGAGGGCGGCGCCGAGCACGCGGGCCACCUGCACGUGCACACGCACGCCACGCACGGCCACGCGCACGGCCACGCGCACGACCACGCCCACGGCCCCGGCCACGGCGGGCCGGCCGCCGCCGGCGCCUCGCCUGACGAUGCCUCCUCCGUUGCCGUGUCGAUCAGGCACAGGGUCAUCUCUCAGGUUCUGGAGCUGGGGAUCCUGGUGCACUCGGUGAUCAUCGGCGUGUCUCUGGGGGCAUCGCUGAGGCCAUCGACGAUCAGGCCUCUUGUUGGAGCUCUCAGCUUCCACCAGUUCUUCGAAGGCAUAGGCCUUGGCGGCUGCAUUGUUCAGGCAAAGUUCAAAGUGAGAGCAACCGUGAUCAUGGUGGCCUUCUUCUCCCUCACUGCUCCCAUGGGCAUUGCACUGGGGAUCGCGAUCACAUCCAGCUACAGCAAGCACAGCGCUACCGCCCUCGUUGUCGAGGGGGUCUUCAAUGCAGCUGCAGCAGGGAUUUUGAUAUACAUGUCCCUGGUAGAUCUCCUAGCAGCAGAUUUCCACAACCCGAGGCUGCAGACAAACAUGAAGCUUCAGCUGGCAACUUACCUUGCCUUAUUCCUCGGUGCAGGACUCAUGUCCUUGCUUGCCAAAUGGGCAUAGAUAGGCAGAUACAUCUUCAGAGCUGCUGAGGACUGUAGUUCUGCGCAUUGUCAUUCCUAAAGACCCCGAACGCAGUUUAUGAUCGGCGGGGUUUAUUUUGUUGUAGCAUUACAGCAUUAAUUUCAGUAGAAUCUUCUUCAACCAGAAUCGGUGCACAGUGAGGUAUAAAGAAGGCCUGAAUGUGACCAAGUUCUAGAGUUGAAGGGCAUUGCUAGACAAGUCAAAAUGUUCAGGACAAAAUAUGAAUCUUGCACAAUGAUGUGCUUCCAUGAGGAUGGCACCAAAAUAGAUGUGCAUAGAAGAAUGAUGAAGUGGUGGCGGCGAAUAGUUGUUCUCGAAUUAUCUUUGGGGCUAAAGAUUUGUAAAAUCGCCGACUUCCUUUUGGAGUCAACGGCAAUGUACAUAGUUGUUAGCUAGAUUCCUCCUUUUUGCUGGGUUGAAACUCCAUGGAUUUUGUUAACUGAAAAAUUGUAUUUAAUCACAAUCAUGGUCUUAUUUCCCUGACAA